GUCAUGUAAUGUUGCGCGCUGGCCCUUUAAGGGUUUUAAGGAUUUGGGAGUGACGCGGAUAUGAAACCCAGUUUCAUCUCGCUUUCCCUCCGCUAUGAAAAAUAUUUGGACAAACUAGACGAGCAGCUGUGCGCGGCCUUUAAUGAGCCAAUUAUGUGAGCGUGUGGACGUGACUUGUUGAAGGAAGCGACGCCUCUGCGACAAACUCCCGAGACAACUUCAGGAGAAGUUCUUUUGUAUUUCCCUCGGCGGUGGUGAGGCUGGGCCAGCGGGCUGAACAUGGACUGGGGCACCGAGCUUUGGGAUCGAUGUGACGCCAUCGAGAAGCACACGCAGUCCGGCUUGGAGCUGGCGGAGAAGUAUGUGAAGUUUGUGAAGGAGAGGACGGAGAUUGAGCAAAGCUAUGCCAAGCAGCUGAGGAACCUGUCAAAGAAAUUUAAUCUAAAAAGGAUCGGAAAAGAUGAGCCAGAUUGCAGAUUCACCAGCUACCAGUCGUUCAUGGACAUCCUGAACGAGCUGAACGACUACGCGGGCCAGAGGGAGCUGGUGGCCGAGAACAUGCUGAUGAACAUCUGCGCCGAGCUCACCAAGAACCUGCAGGAGCUCAAGCAGGAGCGAAAGUCGUAUCUGACGGAGGCCAAGAAGGCCCAGCAAGCCUUGGAGAGCACCAACAAGCAGCUAGAAACCAGUAAAAAGCGCUUUGAGCGAGAAUGGCGAGAAGCGGAGCGCACGGCGCAGUAUGCGGACAAGACGGACCAGGACCUCAACGCCACAAAGGCGGAUGUUGAAAAGGCGAAACAACAAGCUCACACGAGAGCGCACGUCGCCGAGGAGUGCAAGAACGACUACGCCGCGCAACUCCAGAGGUUCAACAAGGAGCAGAAUCAGUUUUAUUUUAACGACAUGCCGCUCAUCUUUAAUAAACUGCAAGAACUCGAUGAAAAGCGGGUGCGUAAAUUGGCGCAGGGCUACAUCCUGUUCGCCGAUACGGAGAAGCAGGUGAUGCCCAUUAUCGGCAAGUGCCUGGAUGGGAUCAUUAAAGCCGGCACUAAUGUGAACGAGAAGAAUGACUCCAUGAUUGUCAUCGAGCAGAACAAGUCCGGCUUCGAGCCUCCGGGCGAUGUGGAGUUUGAGGACUUCAGUCAGGGCAUCAACAGAGCGUCGUCCGACAGCAGUCUGGGGACGCCCAAAGGCCCCAUGGACCUUUUGGGGAAGAACCGAGGCAAAAACUUUUGGCUUUUCAGCAAAAAGACCAAGCUCUCCCCGUCCUUGCUCCCGCCUUUCUCCAACCCUCCGGCCCCUUCACCCACCAACGGACCCCCGUCCCCCAAGUUCGGCCGGGAACCUCUGUCGUACUAUUUGAAGGAGAUCAAUAAGACAGUCAAACCCAGAAUCUCGUCCUUCCGCACACUCAGGAGAUCGCCCGUGGUGACGGAGGACUUCACCCACCUCCCCCCGGAGCAGCGCAGGAAGAAGCUGCAACAGAAACUGGAGGAAAUUGGCAGAGAUUUGCAGAAAGAAGUAGAUAGUAGCGAGGCCCUGGGGAAGAUGAAGGGAGUUUAUGAGAAAAAUCCUCAAUUGGGAGACCCCACCAGUCUGUUAUCGCAAAUCAAUCAGACGGCCCAGAAUGUGGAGCGUCUGAGGGUGGAGCAAAGCAAGUAUGAGACCUGGCUAGCGGAGGCGGGAGGUCGAGGAGACACGCCGCGCUACAAACCUCACACCUUCAACAACAAUGAAGCUCAUGAAUCGCCAAGCCCCGACGGCGCUCACUCCGACGGAGGCACGCCGGACGUCUCCAACGCCAUCUACUCCGAGUUCGACGACGACUUCGAGGACGAGGAGGUGGCGCCUCCGAUCGGGAAGUGCACCGCCAUGUACAGCUUUCCUGGCGCCAGUGAAGGCACCAUCUCCAUGAAGGAGGGCGAGGUGCUGGCGGUGGUGGAGGAGGACAAAGGUGACGGCUGGACACGAGUACGUCGGAGCAACGGCAACGAGGGCUACAUCCCCACCUCCUACGUCACCAUCUCCCUCAAUAUAUGACACGCGGCGGGAGACAGGCAACAAACUAAAAACUAUGUGCAUUUCUUCCCGCCGGAAGUCACGGCGAGGCAACUCCAGCGCCGGUGGGCGGGACCGGGCGGCGUAUCCAGGAAGUAGUGGAAGGUAUGAAAACAUCCGCUAUUAGCAGGAGCACGGUGCUAACAAUUGCUCUUAUUGUCCUCGCCGCGUGGAAACCACAGUGAUAUUUAACCUUUUCAACAAAACAAGAAAUAAAAAAACAAGUGCAAGGUUUUUUAUGUAGCUUUAAUCAAACACGCGGGAGCAAGAAGGUCUUUUAGGGGCUUCACUUCCCUUUUGUUGACAAUGGCGGCCAUAUCACACUAGUCUAACAUUACAUUCAUGACAUCACUAUUUUCUACUAAAUGUCAUUUAUUGCAAAUGUUUAUGGUAGAUGUUUAUUUCCCCCUUGCACACACACACACACACACACACACACACACACACACACACACACACACACACACACACACACACACACACACACACACACACACACACACACACACACACACACACACACACAC